AUGAUCGCGAGCAGCAUGUCAGGAGGAGGCAGGGCGUGGAUGUGUCUGGUGCUGGCCCUGGCAGCUCUUUGGAGUCGCGCGGCCGCCGGCGGAUGCGGCGUGGCGGAGUUCACGUGCCGUAGUGGAGCUUGCGUACGCCUCGACGCUUACUGCGACGGCGAAACGCAAUGUCCUGAUGGGAGUGAUGAGCCGCCACACUGCUCGGUUUGCAAUCGGACGUAUUACGGACGGAUCGGUGUAGCUUAUGGACUGGGACUGCGUGGAGCGCCGAGAUCUCCCUUUCUGUGUCAUCUCACGUUCACCGCUGGCGGAGGAUCCCACGGAGACCUCGUUCAACUCGCUUUCGACGAGUUCCGCGUGGGUCGUUACGAGUCGGGCGCCUUGGAUGGCUGCCCGGAUGGCUACAUGCAGUUGUCAGAGCUGGGUCGUCCGUUCACUGGUGGCUCGUGGUGUGGGUCCGCAGAAGGCGUCGCUCUUUAUUACAGUGAAACCGCGACUGUUACCGUAUCAGUGAAGUUGUUUCGAGCUCGUCUUGGAGAACCUUUUGGUUUCAGACUGAGGUACAAGUUCCUUGCACAGCGUGAUGCUAUCGUGAGAUUCGGAGCAUUGGAAGCGCCUUUGGAGCGAGGGUCCGUGUCGCCCGGGACUUACUGUACCAGAACCUAUGAGGAAUGUCACCGAAAAGCCUGUCGCCUCCAGAGCCCCAACUACCCCGGAAUGUAUCCCAGAAAUGUAACUUGUUACUGGAGUCUGCGUCAGAAGGACAUCCCGACAUGCAAGCAUGCUAUGAUUUCAGUGCGGCAGCUAUAUUCGCAUAAAAUGCAAAUAAAACGUUCAAUUUCGAUGGCCAGUUUAAACAAGACGGGUCGUGCGGUGCGCGCGUGGCGUGAGUGUACGGGAGAGCGUGAUCGACUCAUUUUCUACGACGGUGCGUCCACGGACGACCCCGUGCUGGUGGAGUAUUGCGGCGGGGACUGGCUGCCUCCGGUCACUUCACGGGGACCAGAGAUGCUGGUUGCUUUCCACUCUUCGCCCUUUAGCGCGCCUCCGCGGGCACCCACUCCGCACGCACCACUCAGAGGAUUUGAACUCGAUGUAGACGUCAUUUUCGCAGAUUCUGAUUCUCUAGAUUAUUCAAGGGAAGCAAAACGUUGUGAAUUUCAUGUUAAGGCUUCUUCGUCGGAAGAAGAAUUUAAUGCGACUACCGUAAAUGUGAGAGGUCGCCGGGGACGUCUGCAUGCACCGACUCACACGCUUCCACCCAAUACUACCUGCACUUGGACAUUUCAUGGCCGCCCUGGUGAUCUGGUCUGGAUCUAUUUUUCGAGUUUUACACAUUAUUCUCUCGUGGAAGGACGACGAACGGAGAGUAACGAACGUGAAGAUGACGCUGCAGUCACAGUCACUUCACGACAUUUAUCGGAGUAUUCGCGUUCUGCUGGAGGGAGCGGCGUGUGCGCCGUGGAGCUUCGAAUUUGGGACGGUGGUGGUGUAGACGAGGCUGCUGACCUUCUGGGUCACUACUGUGACUCCACGCCCUCUCUCUGUGCUCGAGCCGCCCUCGCCAACGCCACACGGUCUCCGCGACCAUGUGCACCUCCAGAUGGUUACGUAUCUGCAGCUGCGCUAAUGUCUCUCGCAGCUACAUCACUUCCUGGUACCGCUACUCAUCCCUUGGCAUUCGUGAUGCACUAUGAAUUUGUAGAUGCUAGGUUAGAAGGUGUCCUGUUACCGAUCUCGGAAACACGUGUCCCAGUCGAGCCAGCGGAGUGUGCGAGGAGACUUACAGUGCCUGGAGUAUUUUCAUCUCCUCGUAACGCAUUGUGGUUUGGCCGUGGAGGUGCAAAGAGACUUCGCUGUGUAUACAGAUUACAAGUUGAACGAGCUAGCAUUGAACUACGUCUUUUAGCAGCAGCUUUUGGACGAGAGCCUAAAUGUUCUACGAGAAUAGAUCCGUUAACGGGACGUACGGCAUGCAUUCCUGAUCCUAUUGACCCUCUUGAUCUAAGACCUAGUGAUGCCCCCGUUGAUUUCGAUUACGAUGAAAAUCCAUUACGCGUGCCACAUUUACGGAUAUACGAGUCACCUUGGCCAGGAUAUAGAGUACCUGUAGGAUGUAUAUGUGAUAAUAGCAGUACACCUUUGGUUAUAUCGAGUGGUGGCCCUUCAAUGGAAUUGGAACUGGUGGCCAGUACCUUGGCAGCGAAUGAGGAUCACCGCCACGUACACUUCCGUGGAGAAUGGGCCCGUGGCCCGGCCACCUCUGAGUGUGCCACGAGUCGCCGUUUACCACCACCUGGGGCAUCGGUGCGCCUUUUGCACCCAUACAACGGGAAUAAGAUGUCAGAAUGUGGAGAAACGCCAUUUCUGUUAGUGGCUCGAGGUAAUCGCUCAGUAUUUCUUCGAAUCUGGGGCGAAGAAUUGCCUGCUUCAACUCCUACUUCCGAGGCACCAUUAUGUCACACAACAAAUCGCGUUUUGGUUUACGAGUCUCAUUCAUCGAGAUUACUAAAAGCAGUCUGUCCCGGUGGCGAUGACUCCCGAACAGUCCAAGUGUUCACCGAGGAAUGGUGGGCCCGAAGCAUCGGUCGUGAAGCCGCGCUCAUGGUCGUGUGGUCCGCAAGAGAGGCAGGAUCCGCGCGAUUCACGUGGAUGGAGGUCUGGCGGCCGGCAGGAGCCACCCCGGGCGCCCUCACUGGAAACAUUUCUUCGUGUGCUCACGAAUGCUCGUCUCUGAGCGCUUGUAUGGCGGGCGCGCUGUGGUGCGACGGUUCAGUGGAUUGCCCGGGCGGUAGUGAUGAGGCAGGCGCGUGCGGAGCGGGAGCACGACUGUUGGCAGCCUUGGGCGCGCCAGCGGCGGCGGGAGCAGCGGGCGCCUGCGGCGUAGCUGCGGCGUUGGUGCUACUCGCCGCUUUGGCCCUGCGCCGGCGCCGAUCUCGACGGGACAAACGUUUGCUCGGUGCUCUGGCGGCCGGCCGUCGGUUCACCGAGGAGCUCCUGUACGACGGGUCACGCACGUCCUCAGUGACGUCAUCUUGA